ACAUGCGCAUUCCAUUUGACAGAAGUGAGGCGAGGAACAGUCAGCUAUCAGCUGUUGUAUAGAAUCAGUGAUAUUUUAAUUUAUAAAAUAAAACGAAUUAGUUUCCUAUUUAUCAGAUAAAGGGAAAUCGACAUAAAUUCAUGAACUCUCAGGAACAGCAAAUUUAUUUUGCAAUGUAUUAUUGUUGAUUAUUACAUGUGUAAAUAUAUAUUUGAAAAUGACUGAAACUGUCGUUAAUGAAUGGCUCGCCGAUUGUUCUGAUCUUUCUCCAGCCGAAUUACAUAGUUUUGCUAGUACUUUAUCAGAAGAUACUGAAAUUGUUCGUGCAAUUUAUAUUUUAUUGGAGGAACGAACAAAAUACUGCCAGCUCGUCGAUACAGUUUGCAACAAAUUAUUCGACUUUUAUCGUUCUCAAGAAAAGGAACUUGAACGUUUCACUCUCCAGUUUCUGCCUACGUUAAUAUACAUUUAUUUAAAUUCCGUCGCCCAUGGCGAUAUUAAAAACUGUCGAACUGUAGAAACGUUGUUGAUUGGAUUGUACAAUUUGGAAGUUGUCGAUAUGAACGGACAACCAAAAGUCGUAUCGUUUAGAUUACCUUCUCUAGCUAUAAUGUCGAUAUAUCACGAACCCUCGAGUUUGGCAUCGACUUCGCUAACGGAAAGUGCGAUUCGUCGUUUUGAGGAGUGUAACACAAAACUCGUAAGUUGGGGUCCUUUGCAGCAAGUAGAAAUACUGAAUGCCCAAAAUAGAUUAAAAGUAAUGACAGCUCUGCUUUUUAUUUAUAAUCAACAAUUGUCAUUCAUAACGAAACAUUCACUCGAACAAUUGUGUAAGGUUGCGACUACACUUGUGACGCAAGGUUUUUCGAAAAUGGGUCUUCAUCAAAGAUCAUCUUAUAAUAGUGAAACGAGUUUUGUUCCUAGAUUACUACCACGAAUACCAGUGUCGAAUCAAUUUCUUCUGGAAUUUCUACAUUCGAUUUAUUUUGCAAUGUACAACGAUUGUUGGUAUGUCGCGAAUCAAGCUACGGAUGAUAUACACAAUAGAGCGUGUUAUGAAACUUUAACAAAUGUUAUGUUGGUUACAAAUGCUAUUCGCAAUUCAUGUAGUUCUGGGCCACCAGGACAACUGGGAGACAAUUCUUUAGGAAUUGCAGUUGCGAUAUCAUCCUCCUCGACAGGAACACCAAUGUCCAAGUCGAUGAUAACAAACGCAUCAUUCCGCACCAAGAAAUUACCAGAUGAUAUUCCAAUUCAAGUGACGAAAGAGGAGGGGAGCGGGGAAAUUAAAAGCAAUUUAAAAUCAAUAACCGAAGAUCAAGAAGUCACGGAACCCAAUCGUGCUGGAUCGAUUCGUCAAUCGAAAGACACAACAAAAGUUGUUUCAAAAAUAUCAAAUUUCUCUGGUCUUGGGAAAAAGCCAAAGGAAAAGGAUGGAAAAGGGCCUAAAAAUGUGAUUGCCAAUGAGAAGGAGAAGAAAUUAAGUUCACAGGGUUUAUUAAAGGAUAACGCGAAGGGUAGUCGUUCAAUAUUAAAUAACGAACAGGAUGAAAUGGACGCAAUUGUUAAUGGAACAAGAAAGAAAAUGAUAAUUGGCGAAAAUAAUUUAACCGGUGCUGAUGCAAAUACAAGUUUAAUUGAAAGCGAGAGAUUAGCGGCAAGUAAUGAAGGUGCGAAAGGUGCUGAGGGUAUUAAUUUAGAUUCUUCUGUUAGUAUAACGAGAACGUAUAAUGACACAGAGUCAGGAGCAUUAUCCAUGCAAGUUAGUACAGUGUAAAAAUUUAUUUAUUCUUUUCUUCCUUUUUUUUACAUUAUAUAUAUUAUAAAUAUAUUUCUCACAUAUGGA